AUGCAGCAACCGUCGCAGCAAAUGCAAAUUCCACCGACUAGUGGACCGCCUCCGGUUAUGAAUGGACAGGAGCCUCCACGACCACAACCAGCUCCCCUCCCACCUCCACCUCAACAGCAACCAGUGUUUGCGGCCAGUCAAGGAGGUUACGUGAACCCGUCUAUGAUGUCAGUGGCUCAAGGUCCUCCAACUGUCCACCAUCAAUCACCUUUGUCGACUCAAAUGCAAGGCGGUGCUCCCCCUAAUGUUAUUGUUGGCCGUCCGCAGCCACUUCCUGGUCAGGGCUACGAAGGAGCCCCACCACCGUUAUAUCCACCACAUCCUGGUGCCACCUAUGGCGGUGGCGCCGCCGGCGCUGUUUUCCCACCUCCACCUAAUGCCUCUGUCGUCGGAGGGGGUCCUAUGUUACAACCCUCUGCUUUCGUCAAGAGUCAACUUGGCCAACUUCGUGCUCAAAUCAGCGCCUAUAAGCUGCUUUCUAAAUCGCAGUCGGUUCCCGAAAACAUACUCUAUCUGGCUGAAGGUCGUGUGCCCCCUACUGCUGCUGCUCCUGGUUUCCAUAACUAUCAAACUAGGGCUCCCGUACCCGUAUCUGGCUCUGCACCACUUCCACAACCCGGUCAAGAGGUUCCACCGCAGCAGAUAUACGCGCAACAGCAACAACAACUCCCUCCAUCUGCACAGAACCGCCCAAAUUAUCCUCCACAUCAAAUGCCCAUGCGAUGGGGCUAUCCUGGCUACACAGGACCCCCUCCGAAUGCUGCCUAUAUGGCCGCUUCGCAAGCACCACUCAUUGGACGCAGUCGAAUCGGCUCAAUUCAGCGUCCACAGGGCCUUGAUCCUGUUGAACUACUGAAGGAACGUGAGCAGCGCAUACAAUCACGUAUUGGCCAGCGCAUCAAGACUCUUUCGUCCCUUAGUGUUUUUUCCACCCCUCAACAACGUGUCAGUUUGGAGAUUGAGUUGCGUUCCCUGCGUCUCCUCAACUUUCAGCGACAGUUGCGGCAGGACAUUGUUUCGGCCAUGCGACGUGACACCAGUCUGGAGACAGCGCUAAACAUCAAAGCCUAUCGGCGACCAAAGAAGCAGAGUCUUCGUGAGGCCCGCUUUACUGAAAAAUUGGAGCGUCAGAUGAAACACGAGCAGGAGAAGCGGCGCCGUCAGAAACACCAAGAGUUCCUCAACGCCGUGUUGAGUCAUGGUCGGGAAUUCCGCGAGUAUCAUCGCAAUGCCAGCGUGCGCAUGUCGAAGAUCAACAAGGCAAUUCUCACUGCAGAACGUGACAGGCGUCGCACGCAACAGCGGAUCGAUCGAGAGCGUAUGCGUCGAUUGAUGGAGGAGGACGAUGCAGGCUAUCGCACGCUGAUUGAUAAGAAGAAAAACAAGCGCUUGCACUACCUCCUCACCCAGACCGAUCAGUUUAUUGACAAUCUUGCGAAGCUGGUGAAAGAUCAUAAGAAGGAGCAGAAUAAGUUACGGAUUAAGGACAUUAGGGAGCGUUGCAGAGUAGCACAAGAGCGGUGCCUGCUAAACGCCGUGAAUAAGUAUCACGCGGUGGCAAAGAAUCUUAUCUUUGAGGGCGUAACAGCUCCAUCCUGGCUGAACACUCUUCCUCCUCCAGGUGUCUUUCCUGAUGAACUUGUGCAGGCAAGUCGAGAGUUGGCUGCGGGAAAGGCUCCCCUCCUCACCACGAUCCCCUGGCCAAACAUUCGUCUACCCGUCGCCAAUCCCAGCACAAAGGAGAUUCUUGAGGGUGAGUCUGCGCCUUACGCCAACGAAGCGCAUACAUGGCUACAGGAGCAUCCUGGUUGGGAGAUUGCCCCGACAGAUGAAAACGGUGUGGUGCAGGUGGACCUGGUCGAAGAGGAUGAGGAGGCUUCGGCAAAGAAGAAAAACGUUUCCACGGACGAUGAUGACGACGCGGUGAUGGACUCAGUCCGUGGUAACGAAGACGAUGAGUACAAGUCGGGUGGAAGUCAGUCCUAUUACACCCUAGCCCAUGCUAUUCGUGAACAGGUAAAGGAACAGGCAUCCAUUCUUGUCAAUGGUAAACUGAAGGAGUAUCAGAUGCGUGGACUCGAGUGGCUCGUCUCUCUCUACAACAACAACCUUAAUGGCAUUCUCGCUGAUGAGAUGGGUCUAGGCAAGACAAUCCAAACUAUCGGUCUCAUUACCUACCUGAUGGAGAAGAAACGUGUCAAUGGUCCCUACCUCAUUAUUGUGCCUCUAUCCGUUAUGGCCAACUGGGCGAUGGAAUUCGAGAAGUGGGCUCCUAGCGUGAAGAAGAUUCUUUAUAAGGGCUCACCUCAAUGUCGUCGUGCUCUGCAGAACCAGAUCAAGGCGGCUAAGUUUAACGUCCUUCUCACGACUUACGAGUAUAUCAUCAAGGACAAGUCAGCGCUCUCCAAGGUUAACUGGCGCUAUAUGAUUAUUGACGAGGGGCACAGAAUGAAGAACCACCACUGCAAGUUGACGCAGAUAUUGAAUCACCAUUACAAUGCGCCGUAUCGUUUGCUGUUAACCGGGACGCCGCUGCAGAAUAAGCUGCCAGAACUCUGGGCUCUGCUCAACUUCUUACUGCCGAAGAUCUUCGACAGUUGUAACACGUUUGAGCAAUGGUUUAAUGCGCCUUUUGCGGCCACUGGGGAGAAAGUGGAGUUGAAUCACGAGGAGACUUUGUUGAUCAUCCGCCGUCUGCACAAAGUGCUUCGUCCUUUCCUUCUGCGUAGGCUCAAAAAGGAGGUGGAGUCGCAGCUACCUGAGAAGGUGGAGUAUGUUAUCCGCUGCGAGAUGUCCGCUUUACAACGCGUCCUUUAUUCUUACAUGCAGUCCAAGGGUGUCAUUCUCACCGAUGGCUCGGAGAGAGACAAGAAGGGCAAGGGUGGUACGAGGACCUUGAUGAAUACCAUCAUGCAGCUUCGUAAGAUAUGCAACCAUCCUUUCAUGUUUAGCCACAUCGAGGCGGCAAUUGCGGAGUUUCAGAACCCUCCCCUACCCGGCCAGCCGCCUCCGACUCAGGUGGAGGGGAAGCUUCUCUUCCGCUCCUCUGGGAAGUUUGAAUUGCUGGAUCGCAUUCUGCCGAAACUGCGAGCCACUGGGCACAGAGUGCUCAUCUUCUGCCAGAUGACCAGCCUCAUGACUAUCAUGCAGGACUACUUUGACUAUCGAGGAUUCCGGUACCUGCGACUAGAUGGUGCUACCAGAGCAGACGAUCGUGGGGAAAUGCUGAAGGAGUUUAAUGAUGAGUCGCAGGAGUACUUUAUCUUCUUGUUAUCUACUCGAGCCGGGGGAUUGGGUUUGAAUCUCCAGACGGCAGAUACAGUCAUCAUCUUUGAUUCGGAUUGGAACCCGCACCAGGAUUUACAGGCUCAGGAUCGUGCCCAUCGUAUUGGCCAGCAAAACGAGGUACGAGUUUUGCGUCUGAUUACAAUAAACUCUGUGGAGGAGAAGAUUUUGGCCGCUGCACGUUACAAGCUCAACGUUGACGAAAAGGUUAUCCAGGCUGGCAUGUUCGACAACAAGUCUACUGGUUUGGAGCGGCGGCAGUUUCUACAGAACCUCCUAGAGGCCGACGACGAAGCAGAUGAGGAUGAAAACGAGGCUCCGGAUGAUGAGACAGUGAAUCAGAUGCUCGCUCGCACUGAGAAAGAGUUCGACAUCUACCAGCGUAUGGACGCCGAACGUCAGGUGACCGAGCGACAACAGGCCAAACCCGAGCCUCGACUGAUGGAGUACUCUGAACUGCCUGAUUGGAUUGUGCGCAAUGAGGAAGAAGUGGAGAAGAGCCUUGCUAUGGAUGAGUCUUGUCUUCUCACCAUGCGUCGUCAACGGAAGGAGGUGGACUACUCGGAUGCUCUCACGGACCGUCAGUUCCUAAAGGCUAUCGAUGAGGGCAGUUUGGAGGAAGCUGAGGAGAAAUCGCGGCAGCGCAAGGCGAAGCGCAAACGAAAACGUAAUGAACCGGACUACAGUGGCAUGGACGACGCCAGUUCGGAGGCUGGGAGUAGUGUAAAGGCGGCUCCAGCAGUAAAGCGUCGUAGAGGACGUCCACCACAGUCUGCCUCGGCUGCUUCAUCGUCCAAUGCACGCCGAUCUAUCUCACCGAAAUUGCAGGAGCGUAUGAAACGUCUCCUGCAGAUUGUCAUUGAUUAUAAGGACAAGGAUCAGCGUGUACUGAGCGAACCUUUCAUGAAGCUGCCGACACGGAAGGAGCUGCCAGACUACUACGAGGUGAUUAAACGACCUGUCGACUUCCAUCGCAUUAAGACUCGUGUGCGUGACGGAAAGUACCGCUCAAUGGAUGAGCUGGAGGCAGAGAUUCUUCUGUUGUGCAAAAAUGCUCAAACAUACAACAUGGAUGGCAGUCUGAUCUUUGAAGACUCAGUGGUGUUGCAGACAGUGUGGACAAAUGCGCGCGAACAGUUAGAGGCUCUGGAGGGAGUCCCGGAGGAAAAUGAGACGCUAGCAGAGGACGGAGACGAGACUUCGAGCUCCCGAAAGACGUCUACACGUCACCCACCCACUCAAACCACACCCUCAAAUGUGGAAGAGGAGACCAUGGACGAGACUCCCAUCGGUGGUGGUGGCAAUGGUGGAGGUUGCGGCGGUGUAGCUGACGUUACUGGAGGUGCAAGCUCUUCCAUAGUCGUCGAAGACACUUUCGAAGACGACGAAGAUGAUAGCACAAGUCGCGGAUCCUUCAGUACAAAGUCACGCAAAAGCAGUACUUCAAGGAAGCCCUCUCUACUUCAUUCAAAAGUAAUGUCUGAGUCCUAUGCUGCGGUGACCGGCGCCUCGUGUGCCCCUUCACUGAGCAUGCCAACAUCAGUGGCUGCUAUGCCAUCGACAGUAGGAGGCGAUAAUCCUGAAACUUCAGCUCCGCCUUCUUCAUCACUUCUACCUCCGCGAAAGGCUCGUAGCACUAGCAAGCCGAUCGUUUACGACAAUUCAGAUGAGGAGGACGUUGAGGAUGAUGGAAUGGAUGAGGAUGAUGACGAUGACUAUUAA